AUGCCUGCCGACUACACCUCCACCGCGCGGGCGCUCGCUCUCCCCAUUUCUCCACCUCGAUCUCCCGUUGCUCUUUCGACCUCUGACCCUUCAUGGACUAGGCGGCGCUCCUCUCAAUCUCAGACUCGCAAUCCUGGACGACGAAGAGCCGGUUCUCUCCUCAGUCGCACAUUUGGUAAUUUAGAGCGGCAAUGGCGAUGGCUUUACAAUCGGGCAGAGCGCAUGACUCCCCUACAACAAGCUCUCAGCUUCCUUAUCGGCGUUGUCACCAUUGUCCUCGCGGUCUUGUUCUUGAUAUUUUCAGAGCGUAUCUUCGCGUGGAUGGAGCCAUUGGCUGAGAAAUGGAAAAAUCUCCCGGGCGGUUGGUUGAUCUUAUGGACCAUGUGCUUCGUAACUGCUUUCCCACCAGUCAUUGGGUAUUCGACUUGUCUAACUCUGGCUGGUUUCAUCUAUGGGUUUCCUCGCGGUUGGCCGAUUGUUGCUAGUGCUACAAUUGUGGGCUCGAUAUGCUCUUUUGUUGUGAGCAGAACAUUAUUGAAGUCUUUCGUCGACAGGCUCGUCGCUGGAGACAAGCGAUUCGAGGCCCUGAGUCUAGUCUUGAAACAUGAUGGCCUCAAGCUGCUGUUCAUGAUACGGUUGUGCCCUUUACCAUACAGCUUGUCAAAUGGCGCCAUUUCGACCUUUCCUACAGUGCAGCCACUGAUGUUCGCAGUCGCCACUGCAGCUGCUACACCCAAGCUCCUGAUUGCAGUCUUUGUUGGUAGCAGAUUGGCAGCUAUUGCUAAGAGUGGAGAGAAGAUGGAUGCAAGUACAAAGGCUAUCAAUUGGGCUAGCAUUAUUUUUGGGGUCCUACUUGGGGUCGUGACUGGUUGGUUGAUCUAUACAAGGACUAUGGCGAGAUCGAGACAACUGGAAGCCGAAGAGCGCGGGAUCGGGAGACAACCUACCUCGCAACCUGCGGACUUCGUGGACGACCCGGAGGAUCAGGCGGCCACUGCGACCCUCAUAAGAGACGAUCAAAUCGAUUUUCUGGAUUCUAGAGCAAACGUUUCGUAUGAAGACGAUUUUACGGAUGAUGAGGAUAACGUCUUCAAGUACGGUGACGAGGACGGCGGCGAUGAUGCGAUUGGCCUACACAAGCAGCCAGUUAAAUAG